CUAGCGCCGCGGCCCACACGCGGCAAUUCUUUUACCAAAAUCCGGUGCUGUGUAUGAGUGUGUGAAUGCGCAGUUGUGUGGGCGAAUCUGUUUAAAUCGGCUCGGAAACCUUGUUUUUGAAGACAUCUUCGUUUUCACAAUGCAGCAGGCGGAGCACGGGGACGGCAUCCCAACCUUCAAAUGUGUCUUGGUUGGUGAUGGUGGAACAGGAAAGACCACUUUUGUGAAGCGCCACUUGACUGGAGAGUUCGAGAAGAAAUAUGUUGCCACACUCGGAGUCGAGGUCCAUCCUCUUCUGUUCCACACAAACCGGGGUCCCAUCCGGUUCAACGUGUGGGACACUGCGGGCCAGGAGAAGUUUGGUGGGCUGCGUGACGGCUACUACAUCCAGGGCCAGUGCGCCAUCGUCAUGUUCGACGUCACCUCGCGUGUGACGUACAAGAACGUUCCCAACUGGCACAGAGAUCUGGUCCGAGUGUGUGAGAACAUCCCCAUUGUGUUGUGCGGCAACAAGGUGGACAUCAAGGACCGGAAGGUCAAGGCCAAGUCCAUAGUCUUCCACCGGAAGAAGAAUCUCCAGUACUAUGACAUCAGUGCAAAGAGCAACUACAACUUCGAGAAGCCCUUCCUGUGGCUGGCGCGCAAACUGAUCGGAGACCCCAACCUGGAGUUUGUGGCCAUGCCUGCUCUUGCCCCUCCCGAGGUCACCAUGGACCCCGAAUGGCAGGCCAAGCUCGAGAACGACAUGAAGGAGGCACAGAACACGUCGCUUCCCGACGAGGACGACGACGACCUCUAACCUACCGGCCGACCGCCAGAAAGCUUCCACGAGUCGUCCUCGCAAUGGAAAAUUUGCUGCUGCCACCCCUUCUUCACCCACCAAGCUUUCCUGAGUGUACAGUAAUAUCUAAGGAUGCAUUGUGGCACCGCUGUUUUCAAGCCUUCGAAAAGACUGUCUCCUCUUGUCAGAGUUGGAGGGAUAUUCAUCAGCGAUUCGAGCGUACCCUGUCACAUUUUUUAGGCCUGCAUUUCUUUUUUUUUUUUUCUAAUCCAACCAAAAGCUUGCAAGGUGCGUGUAGUGACUGUGCGAUUCAUACUGUGCCUGUGUCCCCCCCCCCCUUUUUUUUUUUAAUUCAUAGAUGAGCUUGAAGUUUUAAGUGACUAGGCCCAUACUGAAAAGUUACGUGGGGACAAGGUACUUUUUUUUGUUUAAACUAAUCAGUGAUAGCAUGCUUGUUCUCGAAGUUGUGAUGAAUGUGUACUUUUUUUUUUUUCUGGUGAUGAGUGGAGUUACUGUGUGCGGAACAAAAAUUCACAAAAUAAAUGGUUGGGCCGGA